AUGAAGAAAAUGGGGAGUUCCGUGCGUCGUGCCACGUGGGCCGACAAGAUUAGGGAGAAACUGCCACCAUUGGGAGAGAAUGAGUAUGAGGUAUUAUGGGAACGAGGUGUAUUGGGUGUAAUUUUUCUGGAAUCCGAGAAGGACGGAAUUCCAUAUAUCUCGAAAGCCACGGAAUCGUGCAUCUCAUCUGCUGUAAGUCAGGGUGAUAUUCUCAAGUUUGUAAACGUUGUGCGGUCAAAAGAUCACUCGUUUUCUGACUUUUUCAAGAUCUUGGCUACGAUGAAGAAACCUGUGCUGUUACGGUUCGAACGGCUAUCGGCCAGCACGCCGUCGUCCGAUGAGGACGACACCGCGCAACAAUUUAAUGUCCAGCGCUCGAACUCGACGAAUGCCCUAAAUAGUGCUAGUCAGUAUGCAAGACAGAACGUCGUUCCUCAUGUUGACGACGCAGAUCUGACAAACAAAAUGCAAAGAGCCAACUCGGUAUCGCAGAAAGACCGGAAACCAUCCAAAGCGACACGAGGGGCGUUUUGGAGGGCCACGGGAGCCAAGGAAUCGGGCAUUCCAGGCAACUCAUCGCAGGCAGCUGGACCACACGGGAAAAACGGAGGAAGCGAUCGCACACCAACGUCGCACGGACAACGUCGGGGGCCGAGCAAUAAAGAUCCCCAGGUUUCACCGCAAGACGCUACACUGGCGAAUACGUCUGGGGGUCAUUCCUCGGUCUCACCUCUUGGACCACAUGAGUAUCAGGUGUACUGGGAAACUGGGCCGUUGGGUCUGUUUUUCGGAGAGAACCGGUCGACAAAUUUGCCUGUUGUGACACGAUUACCGAGCGCGAAUCCGGUGGUGCGACGCGCUGUUGCUGUCAACGAUACGCUGGUGUCGGCCAAUGGCAUUAAGUCAGCAGAUUACACGUUCGAGGCAUUUUUUGGCCGCCUCCAGCAGAUGAAUAAACCUGUACGGCUGGUAUUUCGGCGAAGACAACCGACUGAUCAAGCUGUCAUUAUAAAGCAAGGAGAGCAACAACAACAGCAGCGUCAUCAGAACGAGCAGCAACAGCAGCGUCAACAGCAAGAGCAGCAGCAGCAGCAGCAGCUUCAACAACGACAGCAGCAAAUGCGUGAGCAAGAGCAGAAGCGGGAGUUGUAUAAACUACGCGAACAGCAGGAGCGUGAACAGCAACAGCUACGUGAACAAGAGCAGAAGUUUCGCGAGCAGCAGCUUCGCGAGCAGCAACAGCGAGAACAACAACGUGAGCAGCAGAUUCGUGAGCGAAAACGAGACCAGGAGCUACGCGAGCUGCAGCAGCAGCAAAGAGAGUUGCAGCAAUUUGAGGAACAGCAACGCCAACAAUCUGUCACACUGGGCACGUCCCAGUCGGUAUUAUCAUCACCCGCCGAGGGCAUAACGCCUCACCGUAAUCGUGCUCUUAGCUCCAGUGCAAAGUGUGCAGCUAUAGGGCACGGGCAUACACCUCCUCCAAGCUCCCCAGUAAUGUUAAAUGAUCACGCAAACACACGGCAACGUGAUCUAGCAGAAAAUGUCCCGAGUACUAACUACGAAGUGUCACCCAAAGCCAGCUUGGCACGGAGCUCAGCAAACUUUGGUAGAUCGCCUAGCGCGUCGCCAAACAUGGGCAGCUCUCCUAAGGUAAGCAGCUCGCCGUUGGCUUCACCAAUCUCGCCGAUUGUUGAAACGGAGAUCACCGAUGAAGCAAGCGAUCUGGCACCGCCAUCUCUUGUGAAGGAUGCUGAUGAAGCGCCUUUUGCAGACUUUUCCGAUGAGGUGGAGAAAGUGGCUGUUCAGUCACCAAAGAGAAGUAUUUUCGAGAACGUUUGUGGUAAUCGAAGUCGCAACAGUAGUGAAGAGCAACGACAAAACCAAAAGUCACCAACUGCUGGGCAUGAAGAGGAACCAGUGUUGUCCCCGGUCAGCACAUUAACACAUCUGUCACCGACUGAACCCUGGGAUUUGCCAGAGCAGAUAUCACCGCCGAAGAUUCUUCAGGCGUGGGCAAUUGACGUAGAUGAAGAUGUUGAUGUCGGCGUGUCUUUGUCACCAAGCGCUGCCAUUGAUAUGGAUCACGUUGUUAUGGCUAAAGAAGCAGAUUUCGCUGUAGAAGCGGAACUUGCUGACGAUGCCGAGUUGACAGAGGGAACAGAAUUGCUUGACGAAGCUGAGUUUGUAAAAGCAGAAUUGGCUGAAGAAGACGGACCUGCCGAAGAAGUAGAUAUGCUUGGGGAUGUUGAAAUGGGAAUUGCUGUUGAGGAGGCGGAGUCGGAAGUUGCAGAGAUCAGUGAGUCGGGAAGUGACCAGAACACAAGCCCAUGGGAUCUCGAACCAGAAUCUGACGGUCAGAAGACACAUCACCACAGUAGUAACGUAAGUUCUUCACACGACGAAGCCAUGUCUUCGAGUGGCGGGAGCACUUUAGUCGAUAACGCUGCCGAUACCUCCAAAGUUGACUUUGCAGACGCAUCUGACCCAUCGGAUGAGUUUUCACAAGACCCGGACAUUUCUCGUGAUAUCGAUAGUGUGGAGAGCGAUAUUAUGAUGCGGGAAGCUCCUAAAAGCAAGAUGGAUUCAGCAAAUGUGCCGAAACCAAAUAAGUCAUCCCUGAGCGCCAAUUUGGCUAAGUACAAGAAAAAGGGCAAGACUGGUCGUGGUGUCGCGAAGCUGCCGGCACUCAGUGAAGAUGAUGCUUUAACGGUUCCGCUAGUCGCUCCGAAUGCUGUGAACACGACCAUUCAAGUGCGUGGCCGGCCAAAACCAAAGCUGACAAUGGCAGAUACUCCUGACAGUACGACAUUUCUUAUUAAGUGGAAGGAAAAUCGGAGCAUUGGUUUGCAGCUAAAGGAGGUACGUUUUGCCAAGGGCACCUACCCGUUGGUGAUGAGCGUAUGCCACGAGCCGUGUUGUGAGCUACUGCGGCACGUUUGCGUAGGUGACGUGAUCGUCGAGAUCAACGGCCGCAAUACAUCUACCAUGGGGGUGAAGAAGACAGUCAAUUUUCUCAAGACGUGCACGAAGACGACUCUGAUGAAAAUUCGUCACGGACCGGCGUUCGUGAACCAGCGAGUGAGUGCGACAGUAUGA